AUGAAAUUGCUUUUCCUUCUACUUUUCACACCUUAUGCAAUUUUAGGAGAAAGUCCAGAUUUCUGUCCCGAACAUCCAGUAUAUGGUAAAGAACCAGAAGAAGACUGCGCUCAACCAUCUGAUCCAAACGAACUUCCCAAAUCUCCACUUGAGAGAUGGUUUACAAAACAAAUCUUCGAUGACUUAUUUCCAAAAUCUAAUAUUGGAGUCGGUCCACAUCCAUGCUUGCCAUAUUCUUAUGAAUCUUUUGUGAUUGCUGCCCGAUACUUUCCUGAAUUUGGAGCAGCUCAUCCGAAUAAACAAUUCAAGGCAGAUGAGCAUCAUAAGAGAGAUGUGGCCGCAUUCUUUGCUCAUGCUCUUCAAGAAACUGGGGAGAAUGAUGCAAGUGUUUAUAACAACACCGACCUAACUCUCGAGCAAGCUCACGAAUGUUUCUAUCGUGGUGGAUUCUACAAUUGGUUUGAACGAGGACCCAACUCUUCAUUCCUUCUUCCAACUGCCCCCGGAUUCUCUCCAGCUGAUGGUAAACGAUGCACCGAAGAAGGAAGAUAUUGCAAGAGUGAUCCAAUAUUAGAUUUCUGGUAUCUGUGUAAUUCUGAUACCGAGACUCAUUCGGACACUGAUUAUCACAAAGGAUGCUACUUUGGUCGUGGUGCUCUUCAACUCUCAUGGAACUACAAUUACGGUCUAUUCCAACAAUUCUUAUUAACAAAAGGUGUAAAAGUGGAUCUAAUUGAGAAUCCAAAUCUUGUAAUGACUAAAAUGGAUCCCCCACUCGCAAUGAUGGCUUCACUGUGGUUUUACAUGACUCCCCAACCACCGAAACCUUCGAUGCAUCAAAUUGUGACAGGAGACUGGAAACCGUCAUCAAAGAAUCGGAGAGCCGGAUAUCAGGGAGCAAUUUUUGGUCCAACAAGUCUUAUAAUCAAUAAUGAAUGUGGAGGAGAAGACCCAGAUGAGCCAGGUGGUCCAGGAGAAUCCAGAAGGAUUAAAGCAUUCAAAUGGUUCUGUAAAUACUUCAAAGUUCCAGUUGGUUCCGAUAGAACUCUCAGUUGUAAAGGAAUGCUCGAUGGUUUCGAUGCAGUUCAACACAUGUAUUCGUGGCAUCCCGACUGGGGAAAUAUGUGGAAAUCACAAUCAUGUGACUGUGCUCCUGCUCCAUAUGGUGGUCCAUUACCAUAUUAUGAUCCAAAGAUCUAUCCUCACGAGUUCACAAAACAGAAUGAUAGGAAUCGAUUGAGAUGUGUGUACAGUAUGUACGAGAGUCCAGAAACAUUCCGAUUAGAUGAUGGAAAUUCGCCGUGUUUGAAGCAUAAACCGAAGAUUCGAUUGACGAAAACUGGAAUAAGAGGAUAG